CUUUCCCCUUUGCGUUUUCUUGAGAGGUUUUAGUACGCAAAAGAAAUUUGGAAAAAAAAAAAAAAUGGACGAUGCACAAGCGAAGAAGAAGGCGUUGUUUCGCGCUAAAUUGAACGCUCAAAAGAAAGAAAAGAGAAUAAAUUCUCCUCUUGUUAGGUAUAAUGAAUUCGAUCAACCUGUUUGUCGAGUUUGCGACGUCGUUUUGAAAUCUGAGUCUCAGUGGGACGCCCACCAAGUUUCUCGUAAGCAUCAUCAGGCAAUUAAUAAUAUCAAAGCUUGUGCAACUGGAGGUAAUCAAGCUAGCAAUGCAAAACCCAAACCCAGUAAUGCAUCGUCGAAAACUGACCAUCAGCUGGAGUCACAAGAUUCGGAGCGUCAACCAUCGAAGAAAGUGGCUGAAGUUCAACCAGCGAAACAAAUACCUGAAGCUCAACCACCUUCUGUGCUUCCUUCAGAUUUUUUUGAUAGUCAUGAGGCAAAGAAGCCAAAAACUGUUACAGAAUCUGUCAAGUUGGUAGAUCCUGAUUCGUCCGGGAAUUCUGGGAGUUCCACCAAGACUCUGGCAACUGCAUCGUUAUACUCUGAAAAUAAGAAGGAUGGGUUGCCUAGUAGUAAUGCAACACAAACCAAGAAAAUUCAGUCAAUUAGGGAGCUUACUGAGAAAUCAACUCAGAUGGCUGAUUCAGAAUCCAAGCAACUAAAAGGAGUGCUUCCUGAAGGUUUCUUUGACAAUAAAGAAGCCGAUUUACGUGCUCGUGGCAUUAAUCCUGUGAAGCCUGAUGUUAAAGAUGAGUACAAGGAAUUUGAGAAGUUGAUCCAAGAUGACUUGCAAGAGGUGGAUGACCGCAUGGAAGAAGAGGAGAUUGAUGCUGCAGAAACUAUACAAGAGUAUGAACUCUUGGAGCAAAAGGCCUACAGGGAGAAAGUGGAAGCUCUGAAGAAGAGGAAAAUGGAGUUGCAGGCUUCCAAGUCAGCCAAACGCAGCAAAAGUUCUGAGGUUGUUCAGAACGAGCCUACUGAUGAUGAGUCAUCCAGUGAUGACGAAAAUGAAGAUAACUUUGCCGUUGAUUGGAGAGCUCAGCACCUGUGAUUUCUCUUCAAAAGUUGCUUGUAUAGAUGGAGGGAUCAAGUGAACCAAUAGUUGAAUGAAAGCCGCAUACCUGGACAGGACAAACAGGUGAUACCGAAGGCUCAAGACUUACCAGGCCAGCCCUUGUUUAUGAAUCAUUGUGAUGCUAGACCCUGAAUCUCUAGGUGCUGAAGCUGAAGUGCUUAAUUGAUGGAACCUAGAUUAUUUACUCAACAGCGAAAACGCUUUUUUGAUUGAGACUUGUUUGGUCGAGAUGCUUCACCAAGUUACUCAUCACUAUUUGCACUUAUGUUAUUGAUGAUCAAUUUAUGAAAGAUCGAUUUCUAAUCA